GUUUUUGUUAGACUUAAUUAAUGUCGAAAUUUCAAUUCCAAUCUGAAUAAUUUAUCAAAGUAUUUUCAAACUUUUUUUUUUCAACAAGAGACCUCAACACUGGCGAACAGGCUUUACUGACCGUGUAUUUCUGUAGCAGAUAUGUUACGUGUUUUGCCUGCAAAGAAACUACAAAGGCUUGCGUUACACUCAAGCACAAAGGUCAGGCUUGCGUUACUUUCAAGCACAAAGGUCAGGCUUGCGUUACACUUAAGCACGAAGGUCAGGCUAGCGUUACACUCAAGCACAAAGGUCAGACUUAAGUCACUUUUAAGAACAAAGGUCAGGCUUGCGUUAAUUUCAAGCACAAAGGUCAGGCUUGCGUUACACUCAAGCACAAAGGUCAGGCUUGCGUUACACUCAAGUACAAAGGUCAGGCUAGCGUUACUUUCAAGCACAAAGGUCAGGCUUGCGUUACUUUCAAGCACAAAGGUCAGACUUCCGUUACACUCAAGCACAAAGGCCAGACUUCCGUUACUUUCAAGCACAAAGGUCAGGCUAGCGUUACUUACAAGCACAAAGGUCAGGCUUGCGUUACACUCGAGCACAAAGGUCAGGCUAGCGUUACACUCAAGCACAAAGGUCAGGCUAGCGUUACACUCAAGCACAAAGGUCAGACUAGCGUUACACUCAAGCACAAAGGUCAGGCUUGCGUUACUUUCAAGCACAAAGGUCAGGCUUCCGUUACUUUCAAGCACAAAGGUCAGGCUUGCGUUACACUCAAGCACAAAGGUCAGGCUUACGUCACUUUCAAGUACAAAGGUCAGGCUUGCGUUACUUUCAAGCACAAAGGUCAGGCUUAAGUUACACUCAAGCACAAAGGUCAGACUUGCGUUACUUUCAAGCACAAAGGUCAGGCUUGCGUUACACUCAAGCACGAAGGUCAGGCUAGCGUUACACUCAAGCACAAAGGUCAGACUUACGUCACUUUCAAGCACAAAGGUCAGGCUAGCGUUACUUUCAAGCACAAAGGUCAGGCUUGCGUUACUUUCAAGCACAAAGGUCAGACUAGCGUUAUUUUCAAGCACAAAGGUCAGGCUUGCGUUACACUCAAGCACAAAGGUCAGGCUUGCGUUACUUUCAAGCACAAAGGUCAGGCUUGCGUUACUUUCAAGCACAAAGGUCAGGCUUACGUUACACUCAAGCACAAAGGUCAGGCUUGCGUUACACUCAAGCACGAAGGUCAGGCUAGCGUUACACUCAAGCACAAAGGUCAGGCUUGCGUUACACUCAAGCACAAAGGUCAGGCUAGCGUUACACUCGAGCACAAAGGUAUAUAGAUUAUCUCUUGAAAAAUGUGUACUUGUUGUCAUGAUAUUCCCACUAACGGAUAGUAUGCUCAUCUCAGACAAAGCACUAGUAAACCACGUGAUAGCUGAACAUGACGUCACGGAGCUGUUGGAUUGCGUGUUCGCCUGUCUGAGCGCCGAGCAAUGCUUCUCCCUCAACUUUAGGGAUGAACAUGGCGCCUGCGAGCUCAACAACGUCACGGCCUUGAACGCGCUCAGCUCUGAUUUGAUUCCUGACUUAGGAAGCAAGUACUACGAUGGGGCCGAUUAUGUUUUACCAGUUUGUGCUUCAUCUCCCUGCAUCAAUGGCGGUACAUGUACAGAGUCAUGUGACGGAACAGUUUAUGAGUGCGCAUGCGCUAACACAUUUGCUGGAGAAAACUGCCAGACAUGGAUAGGUUAUAAUGGAUCGUCUUCAGAAACCCCCGGCAGAUCGUGUCUGACUAUAAAAUUGAAUGGCAAUUCCCGGGAUGACGGGAUUUACUGGAUUCAACCAACUCCAGCAGUAGAACCCUUCACGGUCUAUUGUGAUAUGACCACUGAUGGAGGUCUUUUAGGUGGUUGGACUGCGAUCAAGAAACUAGAAAUCACCAGUACUCCAGUCUCGACGGAUCUCCUCACCACAGAAAAUUACCGCACGAUCUCUGAUAUCCAAAACAUCGCAUACCUCCUUGAGGCACCUGGGAUGCUAAGCUUAAAGAGAGACAUGGGGUUUGACCAGAUGCGCUUCUAUUGCUACAAGGGCUCGGUCGGCAGGGUGGUCCACAUCAUGACCAAGAGGGAGGGGCUCGGCUUCGACGUCAUCAGGUAUCUCAUUGAGAAUCCGGUUCCACAUCCCCCAGCAUGCAAUUCGUUCACUCGGCUAUCAGACGACACGUCCGUGUUGUCCCGACGAUGCGCCGAGUGGGGGAACCUCUGUAAUGGGGCCACCAACUGCGACCAGUGGGGGAACACAGCCUUUGAUGGUCCUUGGAGAACUGCACAUAGGCAAGCAUACUUCACUAAUCGAGCUACAGGAGAAACACAUACUAUCGGUUUUAGUGUCCAGCAUCUAUUUUGUGACGAUAAUAGCAAUUCAGUCGGGGUAGGUGAUAAGUUUAUGAUAUUUGUGCGCUAGAUUUGUAGACUGUUAGCAUGGGUGCAUUCUCUGGAGCCCAGGUCGGCCCAGACAAGAGGAACCUCGAGACCUAGGUCGGCAUUUUACCCACAAUGCUUUACGAAAGUGCCUAUUUCAGCGUCUGUGAAAGUCGAAAUAUAGCAUUUCUUUUGCUAUAUGUUUGUAUGAUAUUUUAGUAAAUUCUUAUGCGGUUGUGUGCAUUUAUUCUCUUAGGUUUAUAAGUUCAAUCAGAUAGUCUUACAUCAGAUAGAUAGUCUACAGCAGUAAAAUGCAUUCUCAUAAUUAUUGCCGCACAAAUUCAAUUUUGGAUAAUAAAAGAUUGUAUUAGAUAUUCUACAUGAAUUUUUAGGGAGUUACGCAGUCUGGUAGACAUUUUAAGUUAUGCGUCUUUGCACUUAAAAACACGUGAAAUAAUAAACAGUUAUUUGGA